CCAGUCGAGUGUUGAGCGUCAGUGGAGUGCAGAGCCACAAUAAUGGCAACCACAACAGCAGAAGCCGAAACCCGUCAAAGACUGCUGCGAAACGUGAAGAAGGAGGUCAAGCAGAUCAUGGAGGAAGCAGUGACAAGGAAGUUUGUUCAUGAAGACAGCAGCCAUAUUGUUUCAUUUUGUGCUGCUGUUGAAGCCUGUGUGCUUCACGGGUUGAAGCGGAGAGCUGCUGGUUUCCUACGAAGCAACAAGAUAGCUGCGCUCUUCACCAAAGUGGGUAAAAGCUUCCCUCCAGCUGAAGAGCUGUGCAGAAAAGCCCAGGAGUUGGAACUGGUCUUUGAGAGCAAACGAAGUCAGUCUCUCUCAUACAGCGAAAGCACCCGUAAGAUGCCCAAAGUCCUAAACUUCUCACCUCAGGCCGUCAGACAUGUGUGGAUCCACACCGCACUCAUUGAGAAAGUGCUAGACAAGAUCGUGCUGUACCUGGUGGAAAACAGCAGUAAGUUUUAUGAGAAGGAGGCUAUCCUAAUGGACCCUGUGGAUGGCCCUAUCCUCGCCUCUUUGUUAGUGGGCCCCUGUGCAUUGGAGUACACUAAAAUGAAGACGGCAGAUCAUUUCUGGACAGAUCCUUCAGCUGACGAGUUGGUGCAAAGGCAUCGUAUUCACAGUGGCCAUUGCCGACAAGACUCUCCUACAAAGAGACCUGCCCUCUGUAUUCAGAAAAGACACUCCAGUAGUAGUAUGGAUGAAAGGCCAUCUCCCUCCCCGUCUGCCAGAGACUAUGUGGAGUCUCUUCAUCAGAAUUCCAGAGCGACCCUCCUGUUCGGCAAGAACAACGUUCUGGUGCAGCCGAGGGAUGAUAUGGAAGCAAUCCCAGGGUACCUCUCUCUACACCAGACGGCUUACUGCAUGACUCUGAAAUGGACGCCAAAUCAGCUAAUGAACGGCUCCAUGGGAGAUCUCGACUAUGAGAAGAGUGUUUACUGGGACUAUGCCAUGACAAUCCGCCUGGAGGAGAUUGUGUACUUGCACUGUCAUCAGCAGGUGGACUGUGGGGGAACAGUGGUUCUGGUUAGUCAGGAUGGGAUUCAAAGGCCACCGCUUCGUUUUCCCCGUGGUGGUCACCUCCUACAGUUCCUCUCCUGUCUGGAAAAUGGUCUGCUGCCUCACGGCCAGUUAGACCCGCCGCUUUGGUCCCAGAGAGGAAAGGGUAAGAUAUUUCCUAAGCUAAAGAAGAGAUGUCCACAGGGAUCCUCAGACUCUGUCUCAGACAAAGAAGAGGAAGAAGCAACAGAUUAUGUCUUCCGCAUUGUUUUCCCAAACAGCCAGUCAGAAUUUGUGACUUUUACCCAGUCCUCCAAUCUCUCACUGGUUACUGUCCUCCUGGCCCGAUCUCUCUCCCUGAACUCGAGAGGGCUGUGGCCUCCUAAACGGCAGACGCUGGUGAUGCCAAAACGCUACUGCAGCUCCCCGGGAGAGUCCCCAUCCUCUCCUGAGCUCAGCUUGGCACCAGAAUUGAUAGAUCAGGGAGCAAACAUGUGGCACCCAACACCAAGGAAAUCAUCUUGCUCUUCCUGCUCACAGAGUAGUUUCUCUGAGGGAGCACCGCCCAAUGGAUGCAAUCAUGAAAGGGCCCCUCUGAAGUUGCUGUGUGACAACAUGAAGAACCAAAUCAUCUCUCGGGCUUUCUAUGGAUGGCUGGCGUACUGCCGUCACCUGUCCACGGUACGCACUCACCUGUCUGGCCUUGUCAAUCACACUAUUGUGGAACCAGAUGUGCCCAGUGACGCCUACGGAGGCCUCACGACAGAAGUGUGGCAGACGUUUCUUCAAGACUGCAGCACCUAUGAAGAGAAGGAGUUGCUGCGGCUAGUUUAUUUCGGUGGAGUUGAGCCUUCUUUGCGAAAGGAGAUCUGGCCUUUCCUGCUGGGUCAUUACCAAUUUGGGAUGUCUGAGGCUGAGAGAAAAGAGGUGGAUGAACAGAUGCGAGCAUGCUACGAGCAGACAAUGAGCGAAUGGCUGGGGUGUGAGGCCAUUGUUAGGCAGAGAGAAAAAGAACAGCAUGCUGUGGCGUUAGCCAAAUGUUCGUCUGGGGCGAGUAUAGACAGCAUCACACAGAGAAUAAUGCACCGUGACUCCACCGUCAGUAAUGAGUCCUCGCAGAGCUGUAGUUCAGGCAGGCAAAGAGAUUCCAGGCUGCAGAGCGACUCCAGCAGCAGUACUCAAGUGUUUGAGUCCAUUGAAGAGGUCGACCAGAUCGAGUCCGAGCCCAAGAGUGAAGAUGCCAAACAGGUUUCCAAAAUCUCAAAUGGAGCACCGCAAAAUGGUAUAAGUUCUCCAGACUCCGGUCUACCCUCUUCCAGAAACUUCUCCAUUACUUCUGGCCAGUCAGACUCCUUGAGCACAGAGGACAGUGGGAUACAUGACCCAAGCCUUAAAGCUCAACCACAGCUAGCAGUAUCAAAAGAGAGAUUUGCGAGUUCAUCUGGUGAGGAAGGAAAGGUGACUGAGGAAGUUGUGGCAAUAUCAGAGAGAAGCAAGAAGGCCACAGAGAGCCUUUCCGAUAAAAGGUCAGAGGUCGAGCCCGAGGGGUUGAGAAUGGCUCGAGAUGCCUUUGAGGCUCCUGCAGCAGCUCGCAGCCACAUGACCAAAAUAGAAGCGGGCGACUCUACAGAGAGGAUGUUGACGUCAGAAAAUGAAGCACUGACAGAGCUCACUGGGUCAGAAAUUCCCAAAGUGACAGAGGUCGAGGAAUCGACUCCUCCAGAGCAGAAGAUGAAUGAGAAUCGGGUAAGUGUGGACACUGAAAGGUCCCACAUGGGAAUUAAAGAUAUCAGAGCAAUCCAAGAGGAACCUUUGGUAACAAAAGAUCAUGAGGUAUCAGAUGCACUUGAGCGGAAGGUUGUAGCUGAAAUACUGGUGUCUGUUUCAAAGGACGAUGAUACAGAGAAAGAAACCAAUGAAAUAAGCAAAGAUAAAGACUACAAUACAUGCGUGGAUGAGGCCAACGCUGUUAGUGGCACACAAAGAGCUUUAAAACCAAGUGAUAAGAAAGAGAACAAGACCUGUGAUUUACCCAGUGGAGCUGAAACAACAGUAAAGAGAAAAGCAACAUCAGUUCUCCCAAAAACCAUUGGUAGAGAGCUAAGAGAAGUGAAGCAUGAUUCAAAGAAAAGCCCACAUAAAGAAAUGCAGAGGAACGCUCCAGUAAUCGAGGAGACGGUGGUCCCAUUGGUGCAUGAAGCUUUUAGCACAAGAGAGAUGGGUGAAGCCCAAGAUGCAACUGAGUCAGACGAGUCUCCCUCUGCAAUUGAAAUGGAAGAGAUUCCUAUUGCUAAAGUGUCCAUGGCUUGGGAAAGAAAGAGUUCACCCAAAAGCAAGGCUAGGGAGCAGCAGCUCAGACUGGAGGAAGCUCAUGGAAAGCCCAGCUCUGAAGGAAUGGACUCUGACGAGCCAGAGAUGGAGAGUCUUUGCCCACAGCUUGAUUCACUGGCUAUAAACGCUGAGAAGAAUGAAGCUACCUCUCCAGUUGCCUCUAUAGGCACCACUUAUUCUCAAGAGCUUUUGGACCUGUAUACUCUAAAUCUGCAUCGCAUUGAUAAAGACGUUCAGCGCUGUGACCGAAAUUACUGGUAUUUUACUCCUGCUAACUUGGAAAAAUUGCGCAACAUCAUGUGCAGUUAUAUCUGGCAGCACCUGGAAAUUGGAUAUGUCCAGGGCAUGUGUGACCUGCUCGCUCCCUUGCUAGUUAUUCUAGAUGAUGAGGCCAUGGCUUUUAGUUGUUUCACUGAACUAAUGAAAAGGAUGAAUCAAAAUUUUCCUCAUGGAGGUGCGAUGGACACACACUUUGCCAAUAUGAGAUCUCUCAUCCAGAUUCUAGACGCAGAGCUGUUUGAGCUAAUGCAUCAGAAUGGAGACUACACACACUUCUACUUCUGCUAUCGCUGGUUUCUUCUUGACUUUAAAAGAGAGUUGGUGUAUGAUGAUGUGUUCGCUGUUUGGGAGGUCAUCUGGGCGGCUAAGUGUGUCUCCUCCAGCCAUUUUGGGCUCUUCAUUGCUCUUGCAUUGGUGGAAAUAUACAGAGACAUCAUUCUAGAAAACAAUAUGGACUUCACAGACAUCAUCAAGUUUUUUAAUGAAAUGGCUGAGCAUCACAAUAUCAAGCAAAUUCUGACUCUGGCUCGAGACCUGGUUUGCAGAGUGCAGACGCUUAUAGAGAACAAGUAACUCUGAAACCUCUCACCUCUGUUGUUUAAAUCAUGUUCACAGUGUAACCCAUCAGCCCUUGCUACAAAACAACAGGGAACAUUUGGCCAAAGUUUAAUGAGAUUCAUGGUAACAUUUCCAAUGCCAAACUUCUGAUCUACCUGCAAUCAGUCAGUGUGCAAUUUUAAUAGAGUCAUCUGGCUCUUUAAUCAGGUUUACUGAACAUCAUAGUAGAUAAAAUUGUAUAAGCAGAUGCUGCUAAUGAGUGGUCAUUCACUGUUUGACAUGGAUUUUCAUCCUGUGUCUAAAAUGCAGUCAGGAUUACCAGUCACUAGUGACUCAUGGGCUCUGUUCCAAAACCUAGUGAGCUGCCUUGCUGUCUACUGCCUACAUAAACUGAAACUGAACAUCACCAAUGACUGAUUUGUUUCCAAUUUGAUUCCAGUAGAAUUUGGUGUUAGUAUGUUUUUAAGCUAAUAUAAUGACACAUACUGUACAUAGCACACACACACACAUUCUGAGUAGAAUAGUCAGUUUAAAUCAGAUUUAAAGGCACAAUAUGUAAGUUUUCGCCGCUAGAUGGCGCGUAUUCAAAACAAACAAAGAAACAAAGGCGUAAUUUGAUGACGUUGUGACUGAGUGUGGAAUCAUGGGAGUUAUCAUCUUCAUC